AUGGCGUUUCGAUGGUUUAAAAGAAGAAAAAAACGUUUUUACACUCACCCACUGCCUGAUGGUAAACCAACGGUUACAAUGGCUUACAACACGAGUUCAACAUCGAUACACAUAAGUUGGAGAGCUCCCCAUAAAAGUACAAUACAUGGAGAAUUUCUUGGUUAUAGAAUAUCGUAUAGGCCGAGAGAAAAAGCAGACGACGAUUUUAAAGAAAUUUACAUUAGAGAUUCAAACGUGGACGACGCAUUUCCGGUUUUAUAG